AUCAUACUUAUCAUCCACAUGAACCUGAAAUAGAAUGUCUUAUUAAAGCAAAUUGAUUAACACUCAUUGAUUUUUGAAAAUGACUCACCUAAAAGCUCGGUUGGGCGUGAAUAACCUAGCAUAUUUGUGUUGUUCCGAUUCCGGUGUAGUUUGCAAUUUCAUCGCUUGUAACGCUAGUCAUCGAUAAAAGAUGUCAUUUCUAUCCAAACCCCGCGGCAACUGGAAAAAGGAAAAUCACCAACCAAUAAGAGCUCACGGAUUGGACGCCAUUUUUUUGUGGGAAAAGGAAGGUAGUUAUCUAGACUUGUAGUCCAGUCUUCGCGAUCAACGCAGUAAGAAUUGUAGUUAUUUUUUACUCGCCUUAAAAUGGAUAACAUUAUUGAAAAAAGUAGAAGAAAUAUUUACACCAAAACUCGGUGUCCAAUUGACAUGGAUUUAGAUUCUUUCUUGGCGAAAGCUUUAAAAAACUCGCGCCAGAUCAGGAGGGAAUGAUGAACAGUUUUAUGGAAAAAGUGUCCGUUACCCCAUCAUACCCACUACCUAAAAGGGAAAGUGGUUACAAAAUAUUUAAGAAUGGGGUUAUUUCAAAAAUUUGUGUCAACAAAGAGCCACACGGCGUGUUUUGUCAAAACGAUGGCCAUUUUGGAACUUAUGAAAAAGUUUCGCUUAUAACUGAAGAAUGUGACCCAUGUGAUGAAUAUGGUCCACAAAUGAAAACAAUCUGCGACACAUGGUCUAUGGCACCUAUGCGGCCAAUGCUAGCAACUUGCCCCGUGCUAUUCCUUGUCUUGGUAUCACGAUCUUCCAGUGGCGCACAUAUUAAACAGGAAAUUUUUGAUAAUUUACGUCAGAAUGUAAACGAUAACAAAAAGGCAAUUCUCAGUUAUCUUAAGACAAAAUUUGAUCUUGAUUUCGAAGUACACAUUUUGGAGGAAUGUGGAAUCAAUGGAUCAAUUUUGUCUUUGGUUACUGAUUGUACUAAUCACGUCCGCGGAUCCGAUUUGGGCCAACAUAUGACCGGUUCCCACAUCACUGACAUUUUCUCAUAUUAUUACAGAGAGAAUUGCGCGGUUGGAAUAGUCACUAACGGACCUGGUUAAUUUACUGGGAAACUUUCUAACCAUGCGCAUUUUUUGCUUAAACUUAAGAAAGGUGGAAUACCAACAGAAAAGGUUAUUUACAUUUCUCAGGGAGUGGAAAUAACCAUCGGCACCGAUGGAAUGGGCGUCAUUGAUGAUUUUGUUGAAUUGACACC